CUGCCCUUGCAGUCCGGAGACGCCGUCGCAACUUGGCCAGAAGCGUCGCGGUCUUGGUGCGCCUGGCGCCCCGCAUGGACCAGUCGGGGGUGAUCCAGGAGGCGCUGGCCGCCGGGCAGACGUGCCUCGCCGCCGUGCAAGGCACCCUGGUGGUGGGGCAGGCGAGCCUGGAGAGCCGGUUGCUGGGCCUGGUGGAGAGCGGCGGGAGAUGCCAGAUCUGCCUCUACACCCACCGCCGCAUGGCCAUUGCCGCCGAGGACCUGUGUCUGGAGCGGGUGCUGCGCCUGGAGGAGGGCUUUGCCCUGGAAGAAGUGGUUACGGAGACGGAGCUGCCCACUCUAGGAUCAGAUGUCACCGUCCGGAUCGUGUCACCUGAGGCCAACUUGCUGGUGCGGCUGCCUUUUGGCUCCCAGACACAGACGUUCUUGAGGGAGGUUAGGAAACGCUGUGUUGCAGGUGGAACAGUUCUGAAGCCUUUGUGGCCUGUAGGAAGAUCUGACCACGCUCCUUCUCAGAGGUGUUUGGUUUUUCCAGGCAUUGCUGGGAAAGAAGACCUCCCACCAGAGGGGGAGACGUGGCCUGGCAGGAGCAAAGGGCAGAGCGUGCCUGGUGGGACACCCACGCCAAGCAAGACCCACCAAGAGGAAACCCUGAAUGUACUGGCAUCCAGCGAGACCCUGGGCCAGAGGCGACCCACCCUCAAGUCCCAGCUUCUGCAGAAGGAGGACCUGUAUACAUCCCUCUGCCACUUCAAGUUCUUUGUUGGCUCGUACAAUGUGAAUGGUCGGGCACCCCAGGAGAGCCUUCUGCCCUGGCUGAGUCAUGAUGUGGACCCUCCAGAUGUCUACUGUGUGGGCUUUCAGGCUCUGGAUCUGAGUAAAGAGGCUGCUAUGUUUAACGACACUUCCAGAGAAGAGGAAUGGUUUGAAGCUGUGACCAAGAGCCUUCACCCAGGAGCCAAGUAUGCCAAGAUCAAAGUUGUUUGGCAUGUUGGAAUUUUGCUGCUGCUCUGCAUGAGGAGGGAGCUUGCUGCCAAUGUUUCGGAUGUGUGCGGGGUGACAGUCGGCCGCCUGGGUGCCGUGAACAUCAAGGGGGCUGUGGCCAUCCGCUUCAGGUUCCACAGUACCACUAUUUGUGUGGUGAAUGCCCACCUGACAGCCCACCCACCGGAAUCUGAGCAGUACAGCCAAGACAUCCAUGACAUCUGUGCCCACCUGCAGUUUUUCCAGCAGGAUCCCAGCCUCCCAACCAUCCCUCUCAGCCAGCAUGACAUCAUCCUAUGGCUGGGGGACUUGAACUCCCAGCUGGAACAGCAGAACAUGGAUCAAGUAAAGAAGCUGGUGGAGGCCCAAGAAUUCCGUGCUCUUUAUCAACAUGAUCAGCUGAAGAGCCAAAUGGAAGCAAAGAGGGUGUUUGAAGACUUCACAGAGGGAGACGUCAUCUUCCAGCCCACCUACAAAUACAAAAUUAGCUCGGACGAAUGGGAUACCAGCGAGCAAUAUCGUGCCUUUGCCUGGUGUGACCGAAUUCUCUUCAAAGGGGAGACCAUCUCUCAGCUGGACUAUCGAAACCACCUGACCUUGAGGAACAGCGACCACAAGCCAAUCAGUGCAUUGUUUGACAUUGUGGUGAAAGUGGUGGAUGAACAGCUCUACCGCAAAGUCUUUGAAGAAACCGUGAGCUCCAUGGACAAGAAGGAGAAUGCCAGUAUCCCAUCAGCCACUCUCUCCAAGAGGGAGUUCUUUUUCAGGGAUGUGAAGUUUAUGCAGCUACAAGUGGACUUCUUCAUCAUCCGCAAUGGGCCAACCCCUUGCCAGUUUGAGUUCAUCUGCAAACCACAUGAAAGCAGCUAUUGCAAGCCAUGGUUAACAGCAAAACCCAGCAAGGGCUUCUUGUUAUCAGAUGCUGAGGUAACUGUUGAGUUGGAAGUGUUUGUGAAUAAAUCAACAGCAACCCAUUUAAACUCUGGAGAAGACCAAUUGGAAGAUGUCUUAGUUUUACACCUUGACCGGGGCAAGGAUUAUUUUUUAUCUGUGACAGGAAAUUAUUGCCCCAGCUGCUUUGGGACCCCCAUACAUGCUCUCGUUCACAUGAGACAACCCAUCCAAGAUAUAUUGCCAGAAACCAUCAGGAAGUUGACACUGAUGCCACUGCAGUCAGGAGAAGAUUUCUUCUGGGAUGAGAAGCCCUUGGACCUACCCAAGGAAUUGUGGAUGAUGGUGGACCAUCUGUACCAUAAUGCUUGCCAAAAGAAGGACCUGUUCCAGCAGCCUGGUCCUCAAACUGAGUUUCCGGAGAUCCGUGACUGCCUGGACAGAGGAACGUUGGACACAUUUGUUGGCAGCAGCGGCUCUGUGGCUGAAGUUCUGCUUCUCUUCUUGGAGAGUCUUCCAGAACCAGUUAUCUGCUUCCAGCUGUAUGACCGCAGUGUGGAGAGUGCUGGCAGCUACAGCCUGAGUAGUCAGGUAGUUUCCAUGCUCCCCGAGUGCCACAAAAAUGUUUUCAAUUAUCUGAUGGCAUUUCUACGGGAACUGCUGCAACAUUCUGAGAAAAACCACUUGGAUGGGCAUGUCCUUGCGAGUGUGUUUGGGCCUGUCCUGCUGCGUCCUCCACCUGGCCACCCAGCACCCAACACUGUGGAGAAGCAGAAGGCCCAGCAGUUCCUCCAGCACUUCCUUUUCCAGGAAGGAAACUCACCUUGAAGGCUUUGGGAAGAUUGCCAGUGGGAUUCCUGGGAAGAUGCUUUGGUAUAUUCAGAAAAUUACAUACUUUACUACUUUAAAAUGUUUUAUAAAUAAAGAUAAUCUUUUAAAAAUAUACAAGGCAGUUACGAAGAAGCAAUUUUCAAAAACUAGUAGUGGGUUUUGGUAUUAAAGGAGUGACUAAUGUGGAUUCUGACUCUUCAUAUCCCAGUUUCUGUGGGGCGAAAAUCAUUCUCCUCCAUUGCUUUUCAAUUUAAUUUUCAACCCUAAGUCAGGUGCUUUAAUUUAAAUAAAUGAAUUAUUUUAAGAUGUUUCCCGCUCUUUGUAAUUCAGACAGUGCUGCUGUGGGGGCA